AAAUCAACAUACAGACGAGGGUUUUUCUGUAGCAUGGUGCUAAUAAGCACAAAACAUUUCUGUACUUAAAAUCAGAAUAAUCGAUCUUAAACGUGAUUGCCAGUCGACAACAUUGUUGAUCAAACUCUUGACAAGAAGCGUCAGAAUCUGUUGGUAAAUAUUUCUGGCGACUUUAGACUCACUUGAUUCUCUAUCGAUUAAUAAAACAUGUACCUUUAUCCUUUUUUACCUUGUUUUUACCUUUAAGUCAUGAGCCAGCAAAGCCCAAAAGAGGAUAUUUUCCCCGUCUACGUGGGUCACAUUGCGCCGAGCAUUCAAGUGUGCGACCUAAGGACCGUGUUUAGUCGUUUUGGACAGGUCCUUGAAGUGACGAUUCUUUCGGAUUAUGGAUUUGUCAAGUUCAGUCAAGCUCGUGAUGCCGAAAGAGCCAUUCAUCGGCUCAACGGAUUCAUCAUGGAUGGUGUAGCUCUUCAUGUGGACUACAGUCAGGAGUUGGUAGAUUAUCUUCAGGCACGAGGAACGACAGUUCAGUACACGGACGAUCCAGCCCAAGAAAAGCAUGCUCUUGGACGGGGUUCCGAGCCCCCUGGACCACCAGACCCUCAGCACUUUGGAGUAGGUAGAUCGCAAUCGCCUCCCCAAAAUCAGCGAUUUGGCGAGCGUUUACCGCCAAAUCGAGGACUACAACGUUUUGGUCGAUCUUCAUCUCGAUCUCCAGGUCUAAGAGUUAAACGACAGGCAAGAAGAUCUCGAUCGCCCAAUGGGAGGCAAUUUGGGAAGCGAGCUCGAAAGCAACGCCGCUUUGGCCAGCCAUCACGAUCUCCAGAGGGAAGAAAAUUUGGCCAGCCGUCGCGAUCUCCGGAGGGUCGAAGAUUUGGUCAAACAUCACGAUCGCCACAAGGUCGAAGAUUUGGCCAACCUUCACAAUCACCAGAGGGAAGACGGUUUGGACAACCGUCGCGAUCUCCGGAGGGUGGAAGAUUUGGUCAAACAUCACGAUCGCCACAAGGUCGAAGAUUUGGCCAACGCUCCCAAUCUCCAGAGGGAAGACGAUUUGGACGCCCUUCACGAUCUUCAGAGGGUCAGAAAUUUGGGCAGCCAUCUAUAUCUCCGGAAGAGCGUAGAUUUGGUCAACCAUCUCGGUCUCCGGAAGGUCGAAGAUUUGGUCAACCAUCUCGAUCUCCGGAAGGUAGAAGGUUUGGUCAACCGUCUCGAUCCCCGGAGGGUCGAAGGUUUGGCCAACCAGCGCUACGAAAAUUUGGUCAACCAGAUCGGUCAAAUCCUCGACGGUUAAAUUCUACGCCUUUGUCGCCAGAGGAUCGACAUUUCGGUGGAAAAGCGCGAUCCCCCGAAUUAAAAAAACUUGGCCGUCGUCAAUCACCAGAUUCUAAAAAAGGGCUUCAACGAAGAAAGCGAUCGCGCUCCCCGGAUCUCAGUGACUUAAAUGAACGGCUGCAAUUAUUGUCCCGUUCCUCCCGAUCCCGAUCCCCGAUCCAGUCCACCUCCAAAACCUGGCAACCCCUUGGUAAGAUAAGAUCCAAAUCACCCAUUGGUAGAAACCGAUCGCGAUCAAAGACACCCAAAGAGUCCAACGAUUUACGUCAAUUUUUGUCUCGAAAGACUGCCGAUCAAGGAACCAAAGACAUUGGAACCAAGGGGUCGGGUAUCAAGAUAAAGCUGGGUUCGAGCAAAAAUGUCAAAAGAACUGUCACAGUGACGGACGACCCUUUUGAAAAGCUCCAGAAAUGCGACGUUCAAGCCGAUGAAAACAUCUUGGAGCACAAGGGUCCCGUUCAAGAGCUCUAUAUUGGAAACUUGUUCAAUGAAGUCGAAGUUUCCGAUGUCGAACGAUUACUUGAGAUGUAUGGUAACGUCUUGAAAGUAACCAUUUCCCCCUCUUAUGCCAUCGUUGCCAUCGAAUGUGAAAAAGAGAAAGCCGAAGAAGCAAUCAAGAACUUGGAUUGGAAUCUUUGGAUGGAUAACAACAUUAGAGUGCAGUUUAACAAGAAGCCCGUCAUGCUCUCCAAGAAGAGUAAACAACCGGCUAAUCACGACAAGUACUCCCAUUGUGAUCGAACCAAGGAUGUAUUACAGUCUCAAGAAUCGCGUGCCCCAAGACCAAGAUUGGGAAAAGUCAAAUCAGAAGUGAUUGAAAGCCAUCUAAAUGUGAAGAAGAAUUCAAAUGAAGAAGUGUCUCGGGAGGAUCUGUCUAGAUUUGAAUUAGACCCUGAAAAGAGAGCUAGGACAUUUUUCAUUUCCUCGCAAGUUAUUCCCAAAGCAUUCGUCAGUGAUAUGAAGGACAUAUUUUCACCUUUUGGUGAGAUAGGUUACUGUGUGGGGAAUGCCGAUGGGCAAUCGGCCACUUUGGAGUUGAUCUCAAAUGAAGGCAAGGCGCUGAAGUGCAUCAAAGAAGUGAAUUCCAUCACCUACAAAGGAAGCCAAUUACGGGUGACUUUCCAUGCCGGGUCCUUGGAAGACUCCGAAGCCUAUCGAAAACGGUUCUCUCUUUACUUUCGGAACUACCCAACAGAUGUAAAGCCUUCAUCUAUCCCUACCUCAUCAGUUACCUCAUCCACGCUUACUUCGGGAACCUCUCGCAAUGAGUUACCAAUUGGAGUCUUACCUCCCAGUAGCAGCUUGGGAGCUUUUGGAGCCACUCCAGAUUCCUCGACUUUGACUUCAAUCAUUGAAAACGUUCGUGCCAGCAUGGGACUCGCCCAGAGGUUGAAGAACGACUCUAGUCUCACCUCACAAAAGCCAGUGGGACCUCCCACUCCCGAAUUGCGUUCCGAUCCUGAUUACGUAUCUUCUGUGGAAGCUCAGAUUCAUUCAGUUCACAACAAAAUCGUCGUGAUUUCUUUUUUCACUGGGUUCUCUUUUCAGUUUGCCAAAUUGGUCCCUGGUCAGAUGUAUGUUAAUGGAAAGAAGUCCUUGGGUUAUCUCAUAAAGAACAAUAACUUUCAUACCUGGCCGCAAACCAUCAAGGCAUUCCUUCAUCAAGGUGCCAAGUUGAAGAUGGAUGCUCGAAAAAUGACUCUAGACGAGGUAGAAGAAGUCCGCAACCUCACCUCAGAGAAUAUCGAGUAUUACACACCCCUUGUGUGGGAAGACAAGAAACCCAGUGACGAAGAUACUACGAUAUCGUUGAUCAACCAGAAGAACCGAGUUAUGCGCGGGAUUGUGAUCAAAUUGUUCGCGAAAUGGGGCGUCCUUCGGCACCCAAAGAUGGGUGAUAUUUUCUUCGACGUGUCAACUUUUUUCGAGUCCAACAAACGCCUAAGCCAAGACGACUCUCUACUGACCAAAAUCGCUUUGGGGGACCUUUUGGCCACACAAUGCCACUCGGUGGAUUACUUAGAGAUGACCGAAUAUGUAAGAGAAUUACCGUUAUUCACAGGAACCACUGAUUCUCUUAGAUAUAGGGCCAAUCUGGUCUGGAAUCUCACCAAGGAUGUGGACCCGUACUCACUAAAAGUUGGUUCAGACGAGGAGGAGGAAAUCUCGUGUCAAUUCCUGAAUACGUCAACCACCCUGAACAGUCAACUACCGUCAGAAAAAGAGACCAAUCACCGAGGAUGGCCAGGCAUCGUGGAAGAGCUCCAUCUUCCCGCGGGAGGGGUAAUCUUGUUAGACGAAUCUUUAGGGUUGGACCUCGAGCAAAGAAGAGUCUACUUCCAUCGAUCAAGAUUGUAUCUCAACGGAGCCAAAAUCCAGUCCAAUAACAGCUUGGACGAGCAUCUAGUCCCUGGUGAUCCAGUCACGGCGGACGUGAUUGUUAAUUUGAACCCCGGGUCCAUACAGCCACCAUACGUUUAUUCGUGUGCAUUCUGGGUCGCUUUGGCUGUCCAGGUCAACACGAGAGGUCGCGGCGAGAUGUUGGCUCAGAAACUAAGAGCUGAAGAGGCCUCUUACAAUCAUGAAGAAAGAAAUUUCCCAGGGCGCAUUGUUCAACUGCACAAGCCUACGGAUUUGUUCAACUCCGUUAUUGCCGGUGUAGCUGUUAUUGAUGCAGGGCCAUUUGCUGGCCAAAGAGUGGAGUUUGACCGGGAACAAUGCCAUGCAUUCGGUCAUUCCUUGGCCAAUGCAGACCUAUCGUAUAUAAUCAAACCAAAUGAGAAAGUGUUCAUCCAAGUAAAGCGGUACAACUCGUUUUGCGUGGAUGCCCUAUGGAUCGGGUUCAAGGCACCAAAUCCGAACAAUGAACAACAUGCUGAGGAACAAGAGCAAUUUGCCACCUACCUCAAGGAAUCACUUAUGGAUUUUUCGUUCUUCACGAGUGUUGCGCGCGGUCGCACCGUUCCUCGCCCUUAUCUGCCUUUUCCCGCGCAAACAUUUGGCGGGAAAAUUCAAAAGCUCAAUAAUUUGCCAGGGCAAGGAAUCACUUCGGUUGAAGUGGACGUGAAUGUUGGGGACUAUUCACCACUCAAAGUGGAAAUUUGGCGCGAAGAUUUUUACAUUUAUGGCCAUUGGUUGGGGAAAGCCGAUUUGGGUUAUAUCUUAGAGAGAGAGGAGCAUGUUUCAUUGGAAUAUUCGCCUGCGUUGCUGCAUCACAAUGACAACUCCUCAUUGCCAAGAGCCAGUUUAGGGUGGAUUGGGUCUGAAGGUGAUCGCCCAAGUUAUCAAGGUUCUACCUCAAGGCUAACUAUAACAUCUACGAUGGAUACAAUGCUAUGGAGCUUCGUCAAAGCCAAAGGCAUGGAUGAAAAAACAUUUAGGGCGUUGGUCGAGGGGCGACUCCCUCCAAAGGAAUCCGUUCAAGAAGUCAGUCUACCUUUACCUGAUGGAACAGAAAUCGCUUUGGAUAAAGAAACCUUGGCCCAAGCUGCUUUACUGAAACAAAUGAAAGACAGUUUUGGCGGAGAGGCCUGUAUGGAAGCCUUAAUGGUUUUGGUGUCUCAAAGUAAGAAAGCCAAGAAGGACUCGAAUGAAUUGCAAACCCUCGAGACCAUUCAAAAAUUGAAGGAGCAAUUGUCUAGCUUGGAGCCUAAAUAAGUGAGAUAAAUAUAUACGUAGAUGUGUUCGGAUUAAUAUCUUUAUUUAUUGUUCAAAAUCCUUGACAAGGAUUGUAAACUGGAUACUGUGACAAUCUUUGAAAGCAAAGAUCAGAGUAAUGCAAUAUUUAUUUUGUACACAAGAAGUAAAGCAACUUGAAAAUACUCAGGAGAAUGAGAGAUAUGAGGCAAUAUGAUUCUCAAUGCUCAACAAAUUCGUCUGGCUUACUCUUGUGACUGAAUGAAGUUCUAUUGCGUUCAGGUGUGAACCUCUAAAUAUAGGAAUGCUAUGUAAAAAAGGAUUGUAAGGGUGAAUGUAUCGCUCCAUGUCAUUCUCAAAUCAUUUUUCAUUCAAAGGGAUGACAAUGGCUCAUAAGAAGGUAUAGUAUACAAAAGCAUGCGUCAAGCGAAGGCGAUGCGAGGUUACGCGGGCUCCAACUAAUGUUCGCGCUCAUCAGCUUUUAGCUUAUUCGUGUUGAUCUUCGGACUUUCAAGGCUGGUCUUCUUCAACUCGGAGGACACUUUGGUGAGGGCCUUCAACUCGAGUUUGGAGUCGCCCAGACCGCUCAAGAGGGUCGGAUCCGUCUUGGGCCGGUAGGUACUUACACAGGCCACAUUGAGCGGGAUGACCUCCACCGUAUUUUGCCCGUUCAGGUAAGUAAUCUUCAACAAGGAAUGGAGCGGAACCUU